AUGGCGACCAAGCAGCGCCUGGUCAAACUCUCCCUGUUCGCCAAGCGCAAGAGCCAUCUGACUGAAGAUGAAUUCCACCGCCACUGGACCGAGAAGCACAGAGCGCUGGUGCUCGAUUGGCUUGCCAGGCACGGUAUUGUGAAGUAUACUCAGUACCAUACCCAUUCGUCCGCUGCGACGACCGCUAUCGCAGACUUUCCUGCGCUUGGAGGCUUGAAGAAGCUCGACUUCGAUGGCGUGGGGGAGUUUUUGAUGCUGGACGCCUCUUGCUUCCAGAAGGCGCGCGAGGACCCGUAUUAUGAGCAAGUCGUCAUGCCAGAUGAGAAUCAGCUGUUUGAGUGGGAGUCGGCCCAGUGGACGCUCGGUUGGGAAGAGGUGUAUAUCAAGGACGGGAAGAUCGUCGAGGAAGAAGGAUGA